AUGCAUGCUGACGUCUUCGUCGUGCACAACAGCAUCCGCAACAUCGUCUUCCUUCUCUUCCUCCUCCGCUGGUCCCGCAAGGCCAUCUACCAGCUCAAGGGUCGCGGCAUCAUCGGCUCCACUGUCGACUUCUACGUUGCGACCCGCCGCAUCUUGUACGGCUACUUCCUGCGCCUGCCUGGCGUGCGCACCAAGGUCCAAAGCCAGGUCUCCGAGGCCAUCACCAAACUCGAGCAGAAGCUGGUGCCCACCGGGCCCGGCGUCGAUCGCCAUGUACGCCUGCCGCAGGAAGGUUGGGGCGAGGACCGCGUGCGGGAAGAGCUCACGAAGCUCAGUGAUAUGGCGCACACUCGGUGGGAGGAUGGUCGCGUCUCCGGUGCCGUCUACCAUGGCGGUGACGAGUUGGUAAAACUACAGACUGAGGCUUUUGGGAAAUUCACAGUCUCCAAUCCUAUCCAUCCGGAUGUGUUCCCGGCUGUGAGGAAGAUGGAAGCUGAGGUUGUGGCAAUGGUCCUCUCGCUGUUCAAUGCCCCUGAGGACGCUGCUGGCUGCUCGACAAGUGGAGGCACCGAAUCCAUCCUGAUGGCAUGCCUGAGUGCGCGAAACAAGGCUUAUGCCGAGCGUGGAGUCACGGAGCCGGAGAUGAUCCUUCCCGAAACUGCUCACACUGCUUUCCGCAAAGCUGGCGAAUAUUUCAAGAUCAAGGUCCACCUCGUUGCCUGUAAAGCGCCCGCUUACAAGGUCGACCUCCGCGGCGUCUCCCGCCUUGUCAACCCCAACACCGUCCUCCUCAUCGGAUCUGCGCCGAACUUCCCCCAUGGUAUCAUCGACGACAUCAGCGGACUUUCGCGCAUUGCCCAGCGCAAGCACAUUCCGCUACACGUGGACUGCUGUCUCGGCUCGUUCCUGGUCCCCUACCUUGAGAAGGCCGGCUUUGAGACCGAGCUGUUCGACUUCCGUCUCAAGGGCGUGACCAGCAUCUCCUGCGACACGCACAAAUAUGGCUUUGCCCCCAAGGGCAACAGCACCGUCCUCUACCGCACCGAUGCCCUCCGCAGCUACCAAUACUUCAUCUCGCCCGACUGGUCCGGCGGCGUCUACGCCUCUCCCAGUAUCGCCGGCUCCCGCCCCGGUGCCCUCAUUGCCGGCUGCUGGGCCAGCCUUAUGGCGCAAGGCGAGUCUGGCUACGUUAGCGCCUGCCACAAGAUCGUCGGCGCCGCGAAGCGCAUCGAAGGCGAGCUGCGUGGCAACCCGGCGCUGGCGGCCGACCUCAAGGUCAUCGGCAAGCCGCUCGUUUCGGUCGUCGCCUUCACAAGCAACGUGCUCGAUAUCUACGACAUCGCCGACGGCAUGUCCGCCCGCGGCUGGCACCUCAAUGCCCUGCAGAACCCACCGGCCAUACAUGUCGCCGUCACCUUGCCCAUCGUCGCCGCCGCCGACCAGCUCAUCGCCGACCUCGUUGACGUGGUCGAGGGCGUGCGUGAGGCCGAACGCAAGCGCUUGGCCGAGGGUAAGGGCGUCAAGGGCGCCGUCAAGGGCGACGCUGCGGCGUUAUAUGGCGUGGCCGGCAGCUUGCCGAACAAGAGCGUUGUGGUCGAAUUGGCCAAGGGCUUCUUGGACACUUUGUACAAGGCAUAA